CAUUAACCUUUUUGAUAACACAAACUUAAAUUAUGAACUGCAUACUUUAUGGACUCCAUUAUCAUUGCUAACCAUAUUGUCACAUUUGUCCUUUCUAGCAUGGGAAUCUAGUGACUACAAUGCACAGGAGGUUGGUGGGACCUUAAUUUGGGAGAACGGACUUGUGGUAAUGGCUGGAGCUGAAUCAGUGGAAUGCUAUCACACACAUGGUUUUCAGGUGUUUGAUGCCAUUCCAUUUGCKCCAUUCCGGACAUUAUUGUGAGCUCUUYGCCUCUCAGCAGCCUCCUGUGCUAUCAUGUAUGUUUCCAACCACAGGGAGUGCUGCCCAGGGGUAAGAUGCCCAACUCCCUGCGGGAGAGGAACGCCCAGGUCAACAAGCUGGUUCAGGAGGCUGUGUCCUCUCUCCCCCACACCUCCCUCCUCAACGUGGACCCCGGCUUUGUGCACUCGGACGGCAGCAUCUCCCACCAGGACCUGUAUGACUACCUCCACCUCACCCCGCAGGGCUACCAGGCUGUGUGCCAGCCGCUACACGCCCACCUCAAGRGCCUGCUGGAGAAACAGGCUGAAAACUGAAGGCCAAAGACCAACUGAUGGAGAACUGAUGGCCAAURACCAAAUGACUCACUACAUCAGAGGUAAAAACACUGGUCCUGGAGAGCCACAAGAGUACAGGCUUUUAGCACAUUCACUACUUUAA